AAGUGACGGCUUGGCGGCGAUGGCGGCUCGCAGUUUCAUUCCGGAUCUCCACCGGACUACACACUCAUUCUAACCGGGCCGGCCGCACUUUGGGACACUUCGGCGGCGCUGCCUCUCCUCGGACGCCGCACAGGGUCAAGUCGCACGGAGCCGGUGCUCCACAGCUCUUUUUGGGGUAUUUUUUCCUCCGAGGUUCAAGGUGGUCACCCCGUCGAGCUAGCGGUAGCUCGGCGGCAGCUAGCUAAGCGGCGGUGCACACAAGCUAGCUCCGGUGCUAGCUCGUCACCUAGCCCCGUGCUAAGGUCCACACAGCAGCGGCGGCAGAGGCUUCCUUUCCCUCCCCGGCCCUCGGUCCUCUUUCCCCGGGACGAUGCCUGCAAUGAGCUGCCUUUAAAGCCGAAGUGGGCCACAAGAAGCGGAGCGAGGGAACACACACGUUUCUCCCGGCCUCUGCUUGAUCUGAAUCGCUAGUUUUUUUUGGUGACUGUGGUUGAACCAGGCGGGUUUCCUCUGCAGCUCGACCCCCGGGAGCAACUUGGGGGCAAAACAACCAUUACUGUGCACCGAGGAUUUGAAGUUUGACUGCCUGUAGGGGUCCACGCCUGCUCGCCGCCAUGCUGAAGACCCGGCAGUGUUUACUCGGCAUCCGCACCUUCCUCGGUGUCACGUCGAGAAUAUGGGGCUUCAUCAUGUACAUCCUCAGGAAGCACCUCCGGACGAUAAUCCAGUAUCAGACGGUGCGAUACGACACUUUGCCUCUGUCGCCAAUCUCCAGAAACAGACUCAAUGCAGUAAAGAGGAAGAUUCUGGUUCUGGACCUGGAUGAGACGCUGAUCCACUCUCACCACGACGGGGUCCUCCGACCCACAGUGAGACCUGGCACGCCGCCAGACUUUAUCCUUAAAGUCGUCAUUGAUAAGCACCCAGUCAGAUUCUUUGUACAUAAAAGGCCACAUGUUGACUUCUUUUUAGAAGUGGUGAGCCAGUGGUAUGAGCUGGUGGUUUUCACAGCCAGUAUGGAGAUCUAUGGCUCAGCAGUGGCAGACAAACUGGACAACAACAGGAACGUCCUGAAACGCAGAUACUACAGACAGCAUUGUACAUUGGAUCUAGGUAGUUAUAUUAAAGACCUGUCUGUAGUACAUGACGACCUGUCCAGUAUUGUUAUCCUGGACAACUCGCCUGGUGCUUAUCGUAGCCAUCCAGACAAUGCAAUACCCAUCAAGUCCUGGUUCAGCGACCCUAGUGACACAGCACUUCUUAACUUGCUGCCUAUGCUGGAUGCACUAAGGUUCACUGCUGAUGUGCGCUCCGUCCUUAGUCGAAACCUCCACCAGCACCGACUCUGGUGAUUGGCUGCAUCAAGAGGGGCGGAGACUUGUUGACCAGCCUCCUCCUCUCUGCCGGCUUUCUUCCUGCCCUCCGUUCCCACGCAGACGACCCGCCAGCCCUCUCUGAGCGCGCUCAGACGUGUCCUGGGGAGAUGGGGGCUGGGGUGAGCGCCUAACAUGGGAUGAACAGUGCGGGAUCACCAGAGCCCAGAAACUACUGGGGAGGGAGGGAGAGCCAGCUUCUUCUUUUUUUCUUCUUUUUCUUGAUUCUUUAUUUGUAUUUUUUUCCAAAACGAAAAAGGAGCCUUUCUGCCUUAUUGCUCCUGAUACUGACUGUGUGCGUAUGGAGGUGAGCUUGUGUACGUGGGUCAGAACGCUUGCCGAGAUCAUUAGUCCUUUUUAAACUUUUUUGAAGAUCGGGAGGUGGGGAGAGGGAUCAGCAAAGCAACUAAGAAGAUUCUACAAUAUUAAUUCUCCUUCCUCGCCAUCAUCACCAGAAGUCGAACUUCAGAAAACAACUCAACAAUUUACCGUUUAAUCCUCUCGGAGCAGGCGAGAUAGGAAAAUAGAAAAACCGCCCGUUUUUAGAUCAAACCUAAUACCCCCCCAACGGGGAUUCAUUGAUUCCUGAGGUACAUAUUUCUUUUUCUCACCGAACAAAAACGAUCUUACAUGAAGUAACUGAUGAACUUUUGCUUGGAACAUAAACAUCCACAGGCAUUUUUCUGGCCAGACAGCCAAGUAGUCUGAGAGCUCUCAGCCGUAACAUCACUGUUUCCACAAAGCUCCUCAGUGAUAAAGACUCGACUGAAACGUUGUGAGAAGAAAAGAAUGGCUUGUAACGAUAUGUGGACUGCCGUGCCGCCUUUCCAUAUCUGAAUGUUUCUCUGGUACCAUAAUAUACGAUAAUAAGACUUCUCUAUACCAUGACACAUUUCACUAUUCCCCUUAUACCAUUCGAUGCCAUCCUGAUUUCAUCUAAUAGGAAUUGCACUUAAUUUUUUUUCCCCUUCUGUUUUUGUUGCAGUUGGUUUUGUAUUUGAUUCAAAUUCGCAGCCUUUCCUCCCCGUUUCAGUUUUUACCCGCUCCCCCUCAAUGUAUGGGUUUGACUAUUAGACCCUCUGUCUUUAAAUGCCUUCUGAACAAUGUCAGUCUUGUUAAGGCUCACAGUGGCUUCUUAUUGGCUCUGUCUCCAGGUCUGUGUUACUAAUAAAACACUUGUCAGUAUCGGCCA